AUGUGUACCGUGUGGAUGCAUGCUCAAGAUCAGGUGCUUAACCAAUCUCCCACAUCACAACCUAUGAAUUAUGUUCACUUGAGACAGGAUCUUUUACAAGCACUCAACACGGAACCGGUGGUGGAAUCAGGUAGUCACUCGAGCUUCUAUUCGUUCAGUUCAUCACUAUGUUCCGCUCAAACUCAAUCGAAUUCACCCAUGAUUCGUGGUCGAAGAAUCUUCCUGAGCCGCCCAAUUCUCGAUGAUCAGACCAGCUCUCCUAAUGAUUCCGCUAUUAGCAGUGCGGUCUGCCUGGAUAACACCUGUUGUCUAUCUCAAUGUGAUGGUGAUGAUAAUGAUGAUAAUGCCGAUCGGAUAGAUCAAUUUCCCAGUCCUCACUCCCAACUGCCACCACUCAGAAUACCAAGUUUCCGUAUUUCUAUGUGCAAUACCUUAUUUUACACCCCCGCAUUUCGAGUGAAUCGUGGAAGGAAUGAUAUGGAUCAGUUUGCGGAGUUGAACAGACUGUCAUACAUCAGAUUUCCCACUCCGUUUGAUUUGUUCUCUGUCGGUCCCACGGUGGGAAUUGGAAAGUAUGGCCGGAUUGUACAAGCUCGAAUGUUCACCCGGUCUCAUCAUGCUUCCCGGAGAGAUGAAUCCGGUGGUUUGGAGUGGAACUUUGUAAUCAAGUGUCUGACGCAUACAUUGUCGAACAAAAUUGAGUUAGAGGCAUACAACCAGAUGCACAAACAUCGUCGCCAUAAACUCUUCACUUUGAACCACUGUGCUUCAGCUCUGACUUCAGUAAAACAUAUUCAGGAUUCGUUAUCAACCCGAUGGAUUCCCGCGUUUCACGAUCAUCCACUCAUCACUCCGCUGCUAUCAUACACCAGACUGAAUCUGAGACGCCGACGUAGUCCUCCUGGUCCGGAUUCCAAAUUAUGCCUCACUGGAUGUGCAAGUGCUCUUGCAUUGCGAUCGGAGAAUGUCCGCCACACGGCUAGACAGAAACACGACGCACUGUACUAUUGUCUGCUAUUUCCUAUGGCUCCAGGUGGUGAUCUGGCCAGUCUGGCAUUUCAAACUCUGGAUAGACCAAUGCUGUUGUCGGAAGCCACUUUUUACUUGGCCGAGAUUGCUGAGGCUCUGAUUUGGUUACACUCUACCGGGAUCGUGCAUCAGGACUUGAAGGCAGACAAUGUGCUCAUUCGAGCAGAUGGUCAUAUCAGUCUGACUGAUUUUGGUCUGGCCAGUGUUAUCCCCGGUGGAUUCGGUCAUUCUUAUUCGGGAAAUGUGAUCUGCAAUAGUCGACAUAUGCCUCCUGAAAUUGCCGCCUGUCCGGCCGGAUCGGUGCCCGUGUGGCAUGCCGUGGACUGGUACAGUUUGGGUGUGUUGUUUUAUCGACUGUUACGGCGCGGAAACUAUCCUCCCGUACCGACAGUCAGUCAAAUGCAAAGUCAUCGGUUUUAUGCUCAACGCUUCCCGGAACUGUCAUCGGAAUGUCAGAACUUACUGGGAGGGUUGUUAAUGCCUAAUCCGUCGGAUCGAUUGGGUGGGGAUAUGGCUGUGGGCGGACGAGCGGUGUUGGCGCAUCCGGAAUUCAUUUCAUUAUUGAUCGGUUAUAAACCAGAUCAUUUCUCUCCAUCCGAACCCGCCUAUAUGGAAAAUGCACCUCCAGGGUGCACGCUGUCACGCAGUGUGCAGCAAGAAAUGUUGGAUACGGCACGCCAAACGCGAACGGAUCCACUCCUUCCACGUCCAAUCUCCGGAUGUUCUCUCUGGUUCCUGGCUGACGAUCGACCGGACACAGUAUGCAUUCCGCUAUGGGUAGAUAGUCUUCGAAUGGCAAUUCGACUGGGUGAGCUGACUCCUCCGUUUCGGCCAAAGACAAGAGGGCCAUAUUGA